AUGACCUUCAGCACCGGCAAGCUCACCUACUGGACCGCACUCGAAGUCCACAUCGCCAUCGCCGUCGCCUGCGUCAUGACCCUCAAGCCUUUCAUCGUCCGUUUCUUCCCCGGCUUCCUCGACCCACACGCCAACAACGACAACAGCCCCGAAUCAGGCGCCACGGGUGCACCCACUGCCGCCAGCAGCGAGCCGCCUCUGACGGUAGGCAGAAGACCGUGCCGCAUGCAGCGUCUCUCAUGGAUUGAAAUACGCGAUGGGGGAUGUUCCACUAAGCGAGAUGCCGGUGAGCGGGAGGGAGCGAUACAAACAGUUUUUCCAUCCUUUCCCAACAGCAGCCGGGAGGACGUCAUCCGAUAG